GGUCCCAAAAAGUACUCACAAAUAAGUGGACCUCCUGGGGCCACCCCAAAAUUCAACUACGAGCUUUUUAACUGCAACAACUUUAAUAUACGCUCUUGGAGCUGGAAUUACCGCGGCUGCUGGCACCAGACUUGCCCUCCAAUUGUUCCUCGUUAA